ACAGUUGACUAGAAACUCAAAAGUCAAAUUUCUAUCGCAGAUAAAGUAUCUGAGCUCCCUAUAAUUACCCAUGGUUCAAAUUUUCUGAGCAACCAAACAAAAGAAGAAACACGAAAAAUUUGCUCCAAGUAUGGAAGUCUAUGUACUAAAUAUCCUUCCAAUAUCUCUACUGGUUCUGCUAAUCUGUGGAGUUGCUAAAGUUUCCUACUCCAUUUGGUGGAAACCCAAAUGGCUAGAGAGGAACUUAAAACGACAAGGAAUUAGAGGCACUCCUUACAAGCCACUGGUCGGUGACAUGAAAGAGUAUAUAAGGCUGAUAAGUGAAGCAUGGUCCAAACCUCUGAGUCUAGCCCACCAAAUUAUUCCACGUGUUGACCCAUUUACCAUGAAUAAUUUCCAGAAAUAUGGAAAGCUUUCAAUUUGCUGGUUUGGGACAACUCCAAAGUUGAUCAUCAUGGAGCCGGAGAUGAUCAAAGAAGUUCUGUCCAACAAGCAAAGUCACUUUCACAAGCCACCUCUAAGCCCUCUCAUUACCAUCCUGACCAGAGGGCUAACGACUCUACAAGGUGACAACUGGGCGAGACAUAGAAGGAUCAUAAAUCCUGCAUUCCACCUAGAGAGACUCAAGGAAAUGGUACCAGUGUUUACGAUCAGUUGUGGUAAAAUGAUGGAAAAAUGGGAGAGAAUGGUUAGCCUUCAAGGAACUUGUGAGGUGGAUAUGUGGCCGGAAUUCCAAAAACUUACUGCAGACGUUAUUUCAAGGGCAGCAUUUGGAAGCGACUAUGAAGAAGGGAAGAAGAUCUUUGAGCUUCAGAAAGAACUGAUAUUGCUAGUAGUCGAAGCCAUGAAGACCAUAUACAUUCCUGGUUUCAGGUUCCUUCCAACCAAAAAGAAUCGGAGGAGAAAGAAGUUGGACAAGGAGAUCACAUCUAUGCUAAGAAACAUAACCCAGAAUAAAUGGAACGCGAUGAGAACUGAACAAUCGAAGGCGGAUGACUUGCUAGGCCUUCUGCUACAAUCUAAUAACCAAGAGAGUUUACCAGAAAAUGAGUGUAACAAAAAAAGCAAUGAGAUGACACUUGAAGAGGUGAUAGAGGAAUGCAAGCAGUUCUACCUUGCUGGCCAAGAAACAACCGCAAGCUGGUUAACAUGGAUCAUCAUUGUCUUAGCUAUGCAUCCAAGUUGGCAAGAAAAGGCAAGGGAAGAAGUCCUACAAAUUUGUGGAAAUAGGGAGCCUAAUUUUGAAUCUAUUAGUCACCUAAAGAUUGUAACAAUGAUACUUAAUGAAGUCCUAAGGCUUUAUCCACCAGUGAUUGCUCAAUAUCUACAUGCUUACAAGGACAGCAAAGUAGGGAAUAUCAAUGUUCCUGCUGGAGUUGAUCUUACUUUGCCUACACUGCUCAUUCAUCAUGAUUCUGAGCUCUGGGGUGAUGAUGCAGAAGUGUUCAAACCAGAGAGAUUCUCUCAAGGGGUUUCAAAGGCAUGUAAGGACCAACUAGCAUUUUUCCCAUUUGGGUGGGGCCCAAGGACCUGUAUUGGCCAAAACUUUUCCAUCAUAGAAGCCAAAGUUGCGAUGGCUAUGAUACUACAACGUUUCUCAUUCAAGCUCUCACCUUCGUACACUCAUGCUCCUUACACUGUCAUGACUCUUCAACCACAGCAUGGAGCGCAAAUCAUACUAUGCAAACCAUAAGCUGCAAGC